AUGAAGGUUAUUGGUGUAAUUACUACAAGGAAAAGGUCAGUCUCACAUUCAAGAGGAAAGAUAAAAUGUUUGUAAACCAACUGAUUAUAUUAUUAUUAACUGUGGAUUCUUUUAUUUAGGCUUUUUCCAUUUGUAACUUCUUCAGUAUUCUCUAUCUCACUGUCGAUUUCCUAGGUUGUUUCCUCGUGAAUUUGUAACCUUUGACCUCUUGUCCCUACCAGGCUGGGGAGAAACACUACCACCCCUCAUGUGCCCGCUGUGCCAGGUGUGAGCAGAUGUUCGGAGAGGGAGAGGAGAUGUACCUGCAAGGUAAACAAACCUCUCUUCUUCUCUCUGUGUCUCUCACUUUCUCUCCGUCUUUCUCUUCCCUCUCUCUCUGUUACACUUGAUCCAUCUUCUCUUUCUCUCUCUCUCCCUCUCCCUCUUUUCACUCAGAAAUGCACCGACAGCCGUCCAUCAGCAUAGAAGCUGCCAUAAAACCACAGUGCAUUUGCCCAAUGCUAAUUAAUUAGAUCACAGUGUUAGUGAAUGACUGAAUGUCUAUGGCAUGAAUCACCUCACACAAACUCAGACUUAUGAUUCACAAUGGUAUGACCGUAUUUCUUAUUUACUGCUCCUAGACCACUAGCGCUGUUAGCUUGGCUCCAGUCAGUGAUUUACAAGAAACCUGUCUCUCUCUCCCUGCAGUUUCCUAUCUGACAGCAUAGGAAUUGAUUUGCUAUGAGUCACAUAUAUAUAUAUGGGACCGCAGGGUUGUACUCUUGCUUGCCAAACUCAUGACGCUUUGUCGGAGAUACCGCGGCGGUGGGGAGAAUAUGGGUUGUAUAUAACAUUCGAAAUGGAUGCAUCUCAUUGUGUUUCUCUCUCUCCCUCCCUCUUUCGCUCUCUCCCUAUUUUCCUUGUUCUCUCUACUGUCUCUCUCUCUCUCUCUCUCUCUCUCUCUCUCUCUCUCUCUCUCUCUCUCUCUCUCCUCUUUCUCUCUACUUUCUCUCUCUCUCUCUCUCUCUCUCUCUCUCUCUCUCUCUCUCUCUCUCUCUCUCUCUCUCUCUCUCUCUCUCUUUCUCUCCUUCCCUCUCUCUCAGGUAACUGUAUCUGGCAUCCUCCCUGCAGACAGGCAGCCAGACAUGAGGAGAAGAGUAAGGUGAGUUCUCUCUCUGAGACAGGAUGACCAUGCAUCACACUGGUCUUCCACACCCAGGCCUCUCGAAAGUUAAUCUCAGACACCCAGUACUACGUAAUUGCGUCAGAUACGCAGUUCAGUUCUGGGGGAAGACAUGUUGGAAAAUAUACUAACGAGACUAGCAAAGUCUCCACCCCUCAAUACGGAAACUCUCAGACAGUUUCGGGCAAGUCUAUGCCAAAUGUCCCCUCCCGUUCCGAAAUUCGAAAGAUGUGAGCACCUGCGAAAUCGUGAUUUGUCCGAAUGAUUAGUGAAGGAAAAUCAGUGUACCGGAACAAAGUUACUCAUUAGUCGUUACGUCCAACAGUCUGUCGACAGAUGCUACUACCGUUUGUUAUGUGCAUUUGUCCACAAGAGAUUACUCUAAAGUAGCUCCACAGUCUAACUAUGGCUAUGUCACAGUAUCUAGGAGUCAUAUUCAUUUAAACCACACAUCAUCAUGUGUCUCAAGUUAGGAUUCCAUCCGUAGAGAAGAAGCAGCCCAGCUUGACUGACUGGGACUGUGUUGAUCUUGAUUAACUGAACAAAGGGUACCUAAUAAGUGCACUUACUGUGCAGUAAGUCAAUAAGCCCAGGUCCCAGACCAGUGCUCUGUCCCCUCCCCAAUGUAAUACACUUGUUGUUCCCAGAAGCAGGUCCGGAUACAGCUCAAUGACAUCUCUGAGCAGCAGGUUUGUGAUGCAUGUGCAGCCCAGACCCCUUACCCACCUCCAACCUCUGCAUGGGCUGCCCUGACCCCUCAACCUUGACCCCUGAAUGGCUUCACACGCAGUAGCUAGCCAUGCCCACAGGGCACUUACUGUACCUAGCCCGCCCUAGGACACUCACUUACCCAUAAUCCUGUUAGGUUGAUCAUGUGAUCCAACCCAAACAGUGUCUUUACUGUAGUAGUAUGUUAAUAACCGAGGUUUGGAUCCAUUCCAUUUCAAUUCAGGUGAUGAAUUAGGUUGAAAUGGAAUUUAGCCCCAACUUUAACUCUAACAGCUGAAUAGGUGGUGGUUAAACUUGACACUGAUCACUGUGACCCCCCUGCGCUUCACUAAUAAACAACUCUAUUGUGUCUGUCUGGUGUCACAGUAUCAAUAUCUGUCAGGAGACUGUUUUGGUCACAACUACCACUGCUUUCACCUUGAAUGAUGCUGCGUAGUGUUUUAUCACCAGAGGACGGGUGAACGUUUUCUCUAGUUUUGUUGUUACACUGCUAUAUGUUAACAUAGGUUCAGAGUUAGUCUCAUGUUAGUGGCAGGUUUAUAAAAAAUGCUAGUCCGAAAGAUAAACUCGCUGAGAGUAGAAAUAUGAAGUUUUCAAUUCCAGAGAGAUACAUGUGUUUCUGUCUCUGUCUCUUUCUCUUUCUCUCUCCCUCUACCUUUCACUCCUUUCCAGUGGUAAUGAGUAGAGUUAACUCCUUGUUGUCCUUGUUCCAGGUGACCAGGACCUCUUCUGAGAGCAUCACCUCUGUCCCAGCCUCAAGUGCAUCUGGCUCUCCCAGCAGGGUCAUCUAUGUAAGCACCACCUCAUCUCACCACUAGAGGGCAUCACAGGGAAAACAGUGGUCACUAACCCGGGUCCUGGAGCACAACAGUGUGUAUCACAGGAGGCUGCUGAGGGGAGGACGGCUCAUAAUAAUGGCUGGAACGGAGCAAAUGGAACGGCAUCAAAUGCAUGGAAACCAUGUGUUUGAUAUAUAGUACCAGUCAAAAGUUUGGACACAUCUAAUUCAAGGGUUUUUCUUUAUUUUUACUAUUUUCUACAUUGUACAGUCGUGGUCAAAUGUUUUGAGAAUGACACAAGUAUUGGUCUUCACAAAGUUCGCUGCUUCAGUGUUAUGAGAUAUUUUUGUCAGAUGUUACUAUGGUAUACUGAAGUAUAAUUACAAGCAUUCCAUAAGUGUCAAAGGCUUUUAUUGACAAUUACAUGAAGUUUAUGCAAAGAGUCAAUAUUUGCAGUGUUGACCCUUCUUUUACAAGACCUCUGCAAUCCGCCCUGGCAUGCUGUCAAUUAACUUCUGGGCCACAUUCUGACUGAUGGCAGCCCAUUCUUGCAUAAUCAAUGCUUGGAGUUUGUCAGAAUUUGUGGGUUUUUGUUUGUCCACCCGCCUCUUGAGGAUCGACCACAAGUUCUCAAUGGGAUUAAGGUCUGGGGAGUUUCCUGGCCAUGGACCCAAAAUGUCGAUGUUUUGUUCCCCGAGCCACUUAGUUAUCACUUUUGCCUUAUGGCAAGGUGCUCCAUCAUGCUGGAAAAGGCAUUGGUUGUCAGCAAACUGUUCUUUGAGAAGUUGCUCUCGGAGGAUGUGUUGGUACCAUUCUUUAUUUAUGGCUGUGUUCUAUGCAAAUUGCCAUCAUCAAAACUGAGGCAGCAGACUUUGUGAAAAUUAGUAUUUGUGUCAUUCUCAAAACGUUUGACCACGACUGUAGAAUAAUAGUGAAGACAUCAAAACUAUGAAAUAACACAAAUCCAAAUAUAUUUUAGAUUUUAGAUUCUUCAAAGUAGCCACCCUUUGCCUUGAUGACAGCUUUGCACACUCUUGGCAUUCUCUCAACCAGCUUCACCUGGAAUGCUUUUCCAACAGCCUUGAAGGAGUUCCCACAUAUGCUGAGCACUUGUUGGCUGCUUUUCCUUCACUCUGCAGUCCAACUCAUCCCAAACCAUCUCAAUUGGGUUGAGGUCGGGUGAUUGUGGAGGCCAGGUCAUCUGAUGCAGCACUCUAUCACUCUCCUUCUUGUUCAAAUAGCCCUUACACAGCCUGGAGGUGUGUUGGGUCAUUGUCCUGUUGAAAACAAAUGAUAGUCCCACUAAGCGCAAACCAGAUGGGAUGGUGUAUCGCUGCAGAAUGCUGUGGUAGCCAUGCUGGUUAAGUGUGCCUUGAAUUCUAAAUAAAUCAUUGACAGUGUCACCAGCAAAGCACCUCCACACCAUCACACCUCCUCCUCCAUGCUUCACGGUGGGAACCACACAUGCGGAGAUCAUCCGUUCACCUACUCUGUGUCUCACAAAGACAUGGCGGUUGGAACCAAAAAUGUCAACUUUGGACUCAUCAGACCAAAGGACAGAUUUCCACCGGUCUAAUGUCCAUUGCUCGUGUUUCUUGGCCCGAGCAAGUCUCUUCUUCUUAUUGGUGUCCUUUAGUAGUGGUUUCUUUGCAGCAAUUCGACCAUGAAGGCCUGAUUCACGCAGUCUCCUCUGAACAGUUGAUGUUGAGAUGUGUCUGUUACUUGAACUCUGUGAAGCAUUUAUUUAUGGUUUUUGUGACUGCACUUGAAGAAACUUUAAAAGUUCUUGACUUUUUCUUCGGAUUGACUGACCUUCAUGUCUUAAAGGAAUGAUGGACUGUCGUUUCUCUUUGCUUAUUUGAGUUGUUCUUGCCAUAAUAUGGACUUGGUCUUUUACCAAAUAGGGCUAUCUUCUGUAUACCACCCCUACCUUGUCACAACACAACUGAUUGGCUCAAACGCAUUAAGAAGGAAAGAAAUUCCACAAAUUAACUUUUAACAAAGUACACCUGUUAAUUAAAAUGCAUUCCAGGUGACUACCUCAUGAAGCUGGUUGAGAGAAUGCCAAGAGUGUGCAAAGCUGUCAUCAAGGCAAAGGGUGGCUACUUUGAAGAAUCUCAAAUAUAAAUAUAUUUUGAUUUGUUUAACCCUUCUUUGGUUACUACAUGAUUCCAUAUGUGUUAUUUCAUAGUUUUGAUGUCUUCAAUAUUAUUCUACAAUGUAGAAAAUAGUAAAAAUAAAGAAUAACCCUUGAAUGAGUAGGUGUGUCCAAACUUUUGACUGGUACUGUAUUUGAUACCAUUUCACUUAUUCCGCUCCAGCCAUUACCACGAGCCCGUCCUCCCCAAUUAAGGUGCCACCAACCUCCUGUGCAGGGAUUUGUUUUUUUCUAGCCCAGCGUUAACACUCCUGAAUCAAUUACAUAAGAUCGAGAUGAAUAGUUGAUUAGUUGAAUCACGUGUGUUAGUGAUGGUCAGUAGCAAAAGCCUGCCCAUCCUGUAGGUCUCCAGUACCAGGGUUGUCCACUGUGACCAAAUCAACAGCAAAAAUAUAUAAAGCCCUUUUUAUAUUGCAGUUGUCACAAAGUGCUUUAUAGAUAUCCAGCCUAAAACACCAAAGAGCAUGCAAUGCAAUCAAUUGACUGAUUGAUUGAUUGUCGACUGUGCUAAGUUGACUACAGUAUUUCAACUGUGCUAGAGUGAAUUGCCUAUACCAUUAUAAUUUUCUCAUUAUCAAAGUGGUUGAUGUUAAAAGUACUGAAUUGAUGUGUUUCUCUGUGUCCUAGGCCAAACUAGGAGAUGAGAUGCUGGACUACAAAGACCUUGCUGCUCUGCCAAAGAUCAAGGCUAUCUACGACAUCGACCGGCCAGACAUGCUCUCCUACUCUCCCUAUGUCAGCUACCCCUCAGAGGAAAGACACUACGGAGAUGUAAGGGGACAAGGAAGGGAACAAGGGAGAUGCGUUCUCUUUUUCUCUCUCUCCCCCUCCAUAAGCCAUCCACUGAACUAACCUUUAUCCAUCAGUCUCAUAUAGCCUUAUGCAGAAAAUGUAUCCUUCCUUCCUGUUUUACAACUCAUUUCCUCAGUUGAAUCAUAGCUCUCUCCCAGCCUAGUUGGCUGAAAAUGUCUUAAGCAAAAAGCCGAUUUUGUCAUACAUUCAAAACAGUAUUAAUUAGUAUUGUUUUGAAUGUAUCCCUCCUUCCCUCAAUAUUCCCACAACUAGAGACAUUGGGAGGGGUAUAGCAAGUAAGCAAGUCGUAUUCAUUAAACCCAACUCCUAACACGUCAAGAUCAUGCUGUUUGUUUGAUUAACUCAUAUUACCUCAUAUGAUAUUAGUUAAUUUUACUAAAAUCAAAUCAAAUUUUAUUCGUCACAUGCAUCGUAAACAACAGGUGUAGACUAAAAGUGAAAUGCUUACUUAUGGGCCCUUCCCAACAAUGCAGAAAGAAAGAAAAUAGAGAAGUAGUAGAAAAAGUCAUAAUAAAUACACAAUGAGUAACGAUAACUUCGCUAUAUACACGUGGUACCAGUACCGAGUCGAUGUGCAGGGGUAUGAGGUAAUUGAGGUAAGAAUGUACAUAUAGAUGGAGAUAAAGUUACUAGGCAACAGGAUAGAUAAUAAAAAGUAGCAGCAGCGUAUGUGAUGGUGCAUCAGUACCGCUUGCCGUGCGGUAGCAGAGAGAACAAGUUAGGACUUGGGUAGCUGGAGUCUUUGACAAUUUUUAGGGCCUUCCUAACAACGCCUGGUAUAGAGGUCCUGGAUGGCAGGGAGCUAAGCCCCGGUGAUGUACUGGGCCUUAUACAAUGGGUGGGUCUAAUCCUGAAUGCUGAUAUUGGUUAAAACCGCAUUCCAGCCGGUGUCAAUUCCACAAGUUACCACCGGCUAAAUCUAUGACGCUAAAAUGCCUAUUUACUCUGUUCCAUCUGACUGCGCAAUCCACUGUCUCAUCAUCCCAGCCAUGAAAUGUAUAAACUUGAUCUCCACUAUAAAAAGCAUCUUUACAUUAUCUCAUAUUUCUUUUAGACUAACAUUUCGUUUUCAACAGCGGAGAUUUGUAUAAACCUUGCUGUCCUUCUAACAACACCCGUGCCAAUAUAUCCUCCAAACACAGGCUUCUCGGGCAUUAUCACUUAAGUAAGCACUGUAGCGCUUUGCGGUCAGAUGCCAAGCAGUUGCCAUACCAAGAUGCUCUCAAUGGUGCAGCUGUAUAACUUUUUGAGGAUCUGAGGGCCCAUGCCAAAUCUUUUACUCAUCUGCUUCUGUCUUCCCCUCUUUAUUUGCAGUCACCCCAGUUGCUCUCUCCUACUCCAACAGAGGUAAAAUACCAUAGUCUGGACCUCAUACUGGGCUCCACCUGGACAUGACUCAUUUCAAUGUUUCCCCAUAACGUUGUUUUAUGUUUCCUCUCAAAUGUUAUUGAUGGUUGUGUGUUAGAAUUGAACUGUGUGGGCGUGUGUGUCUGUGCGUGUGUGUCUGUGCGCGCCUGUGUGUGUGCCUGUGUGCGUUUGUUGACGCAAAAGGGUGGUUUUCAUGGACAUUUGCACACUAUAAAGUGAUUGAUCCCGAUCAUUAAAAUCACAUCAGUGAAUUCACCAUAAUCUAAUGUGGAGCACACAUUCCUCUCUGAUUCCGUGCUAGUGUACCCCACCAUGAUUGUAGAGUGUGUGAACGUUCCGUGUUAGGUAUUUGGCUGCAUCCAUGACAUCAUCAGUUUCCCUCCUUGUAUGACAUCAUUAUGAUAUAACCUCCUGUCCUUGUUUCCAGGGUGACGGAGAGAAGUCUCCCCGUCAGAGGAGGCCCUCCAGUCCCAGCUCCAACAGCUCCCUGGGGAGGUAUGGAGGAUACACCCCGUCCCGCUCCCCCCAGAACUACAGCAGGCCAGGUAGGUACCCCCUCAGCCCUCACCCCUCACCAUUCACCUCUAGCAUGCAGUAGUUUAAAAAAAGAACACAUAGGAAAACGUUGUAUAUUAGAGUUAACAUAUAGAAAAGUAGAAUAUAGUAUUUUGCUAUAAUAUAAUAAUAUAUACAAAUGUAGUCAAUAAUAUACAGCAUUUGCAUAUAGUGCAUGACGGGGUUGGGAUCAGUUCCAUUUAAAUUCCAGUCAAUUCAGAAAGUAAACCACAUUCCAAUUCCAAUUGGAAUUUCAGUGUACUUCCUGAAUUGACUGGUGUAUGAUGUAAUUUUUAUGUGCAUCAUAUACCAAAAUGUGCAACCUCAUUUAAGUGUCAUCUUGAUUUGCCACGCUAAUUCUAUUACUUUAGAGAGCACAUGUUUUUCCAAGAUCCUGUUCUUUUUUCCUUGCAGAAUUGUGCUUUUCCGACAUUCAUGAAUUUUCAUUCCAUGCUUCCCUUUGAAUGAGGGGGUUAUGCCAUCACUUUUACAUGGUAUUAACACAGAAUAUGUACUGUAUUUAUCUAUUGGGUAGGACAGGACAUGGACAGUCUCCUCUUUGCCCUAAAAAACAUCUUGUCCUUCUCAUACACCAUCUUCCCCUACAGAGGAUCUUUAUAUGGCCAGUAAAGCAAUGGGUAAUCGAUACGAUGGCCAGCCCCUUGACUCCAGCUCCCUCCCUCACCCCUCGGCCUACACGGGGGGGCCUAAGUACCUCUCCUCCUUGGCUAGGGACUCCUCCUCCCUCCCCAUGCACUACUCAGGGGGCCUACCUCGCAAGUACCUUGGGGCGCUGCAAAUACCUGGGGGGAUGACAGUGCCUGGCAGAAUCUCUCCCAGGGGCAGAGUCUCUCCUGGGGGCAGAAACUCUCCUCUGCCCCUCAAUCCCACCACCCUGGCCAUGCUCCAGCAGCACAACUAUGUGCCCUACUUCAGAGGUAGCUAGUCCCUCCCUAGUCCCUAGCACGCUGUCCUGGAACCAUGGGUCCGCUGGUGUGGAUUGCAGUGUCAGCUUUAGACUAGACCUGUUCCCGGCUCUGCAGUGAUUACACUGCAUGUCCCCCAACCCCGGCUGUGUAUGAACUAAUCGAUAGUUAAAUAAACAAUGGCACCCAACGAGUCCCACAAUUACUGUUUUAGACCUACUGGUAUUACAUUUUUGUGUGCUGUGUUUCCCACAAUAUCUGCAUGGUUUCUGCUGGUGUUGGUUUGACAGUUUUACAUAGGAUAAAUGCCUAUUGUUUCUCUAUUGUUAGCACCCCCACAACCCCCGAUCAGAGUUACCAUAAGUACAAUUUUUCGACACAAUUUUUCUGCACACCCGUGGGGUUCAAUUGUACCCCUCUGCCUACGCGAGAAUUCCCCUACCCACACAGGUGUGACGUGUCAAACCACCUCCUUGUGCUUCGUCUCCCCCCUCUCCCCCUCCUUCACCCCCCCCUAGGCCUCAAACAGGACCCCCUACUACCACCUGAAUCUAACCCUAAGACGUCCCUACAUCUCAAUUUACCUCCUCACAGUUACGGUAACGCACCAGACCCCCCUUGUCUCUAUCUCUCUGUUUCUCUUUCUCUUAGCGUAAUGCUGUAUUUUCUUGGUGUGCAUCAAGGUUGUGUGUUGGGACCCCUUAAGUUUGUUUCUGCCUGCCCUUUCUAUUGUCUGUGGAAGUUUCAAUUUUUUGUCUUCAGGUUGUCUUAGUCUUGUUGUUUUGCAUGGGAACCUACUGUAAUUGUGGAUAUGUUCGAUAUACUAUUUGUAUUUCAGUUAUACUUGACAUGGGGAUAUAUUGAUAUUUGGGGAGAAGAUGGUGGAUGACUUCCUUAUUUGAUGUUUCUAUGUUUGGUGGGAUGCAAGUGUUGUACUUGUAACCUGAACUGUUGGCUUGUCCUUGACAUGAAAUGGAUUGCCUGUUAGUGUUUGUUGUUGUUGUUGUUGUUGUUAUUUUGGGAACCAUGCCUUGCCUUAAAGUUGACUGUUGUUAUUCAGUGUCUUUCAGCCCUUUAAACCUUUGGUAUCAGAUGGUGGUUGUGUAUGGAGUGAGUGGGUGAAACUGCAGGUGGUUGUUUACAUGGUUGUGGGAGGGUUGCUGACAGGGAGAUAUGAGUUUGGGGGGUUUACAGUAUUCUAGUUAAAUAUGUCGGUCUGCGGUUUAGUUUGGAACCACAUGAUAAGUCACAUACAGUAUCUGCGAGCAAUGAAUAAAUGUGUUUGACCGAAGUCAACUCGACUGAAACCUUGACAAAUACACAUGUGUGGGAGUAGGCCUACGUUUUAUCAUGAGUCACAUCCAGUUUCCCUCAGGGAAGAGAUACGAAAAAGCGAUCACUCAGCUACAUGCUUCUCCUAAGCCUCAGCAGACAAAGUCAGCCAAACCACGAAGGCCUCCUUAGAUACCCAUCAGCUCUUUUUACUAUCAGCCAGAUUUACGAGUUUUAUCGCUGGAGACACACCAUGAUACUCGUCUCAAUGUCGGGCUGACUUAUGCCGCAGGGCUUUUAGAGAUUGUAACUCAUUGGGUCACUGGAGAUAACUGGGUGGACGUCACAGCUUUUUGGGCUGAUAAUUUCAAGCCUCAUGAGUUAGGAAGCGGGAGAGAGUAAAAGAGGGUGGAAGAGAGGGGGAAAUGAGAGGUAGAGAGUAAUGAACGUUGAACUCCCCGUGUAAAGAGGUUGGAGGGGGAAAGAGCCUUGAGAACGAGUGAAAAAAGUAGGAAAGAGAGAUAGAGAGAGAUGAGGUUUCACCGGAGCUUUAGUACUGUAAAUCAGAACACGCAGUCCAGGGUUUGGUGGUUUUUCCAUGAAAGGCGGAGAGAUGGAAAGUAAAUUUCUCAGCGAGCCAAGAUGAAAGAGAGGAGUGGAGGAAUGAGGGAAUGAAAGGGAGGAGAGGAGUGGUGGAGUGAUGGUGCUGUAAUUUGGGGUCUGGUUGCCAGUUGCAGUGGCACGUCGUUCUGCAUACAAACACGCACAAGCACACACACACACACACACACACACACACACUGGGCUGGUUGCCUUUUCAGGCUCAAGCGGUUCCUAACACAGCGUGAAAGAGAGUUUGUUUCUAUGCACUGGUUUGGGUUUAAUGAACUAUCAGGUUCUCUCUGGAGUCUUGUUUAAAUGAUUGUGUUUGUGGAUAAUUAUCCCUCACAAGUACGCAAGUGGCUUAGAUGUUUGGUUUCAACACUAUUAAUGGGUGAUAGAGGCAGGCAGUGUGUGAGAGAGAUAAGAGGUCAUUGAAUGUAAUUAACAUUUCAUUUAAUUUCAUUUUGAAGACGAAUGGAAGAAAAGUGAGGUAGAAAUGAGUCAGAGGGAUAAGGCAAUGACAGAAAGAAAAUCCACUCGAUGAAUUGAUGUGAAUGAUGCAAUGACAACUGUAUCCAAUGUAAGAGUUAUUAUCAGUACAUGAUGAUUAUUUCUUGAAUUAUGAAUUGCUACCAUUUGUUAGUAGAUUCUUAUUCUGAGAUAAGCUAAGUCUCUUUAUGACGUCGCUGAGGGUCAUACUUCAAACCCCCCCCCCCCCCCCUCACCCCACCUCUCCUCCGGGCUCAGUGUCCUGCCUCAGCUCCAGAUGUGUGGAGGAGCUGCCCUGCAAAUACAGUUGUGGUCAAAAGUUUUGAGAAUUACACAAUACUAAUUUUCACAAAGUCUGCUGCCUCAGUUUUGAUGAUGGCAAUUUGCAUAUACUCCAGAAUGUCAUGAAGAGUGAGCAGAUGAAUUGCAAUUAAUUGCAAAGUCCCUCUUUGCCAUGAAAAUGAACUUAAUCCCCAAAAAACAUUUCCACUGCAUUUCAGCCCUGCCACAAAAGGAUCAGCUGCCAUCAUGUCAGUGAUUCUCUCGUUAACACAGGUGAGAGUGUUGACGAGAACAAGGCUGGAGAUCACUCUGUCAUGCUGAUUGAGUUAGAAUAACAGACUGGAAGCUUUAAAAGGAGGGUGGUGCUUGAAAUCAUUGUUCUUCCUCUGUUAAUCAUGGUUACCUGCAAGGGAACACGUGCCGUCAUCAUUGCUGUGCACAAAAACGGGCUUCACAGGCAAGGAUAUUGCUGCUAGUAAGAUUGCACCUAAAUCAACCAUUUAUUGGACCAUCAAGAACUUCAAGGAGAGAGGUUCAAUUGUUGUGAAGAAGGCGUCAGGGCACCCAAGAAAGUCCAGCAAGCGCCAGGACCGUCUCCUAAAGAUGAUUCAGCUGCGGGAUCGGGGCACCACCAGUGCAGAGCUUGCUCAGGAAUGGCAGCAGGCUGGUGUGAGUGCAUCUGCAUGCACAGUGAGACGAAGACUUUUGGAGGAUGGCCUGGUGUCAAGAAGGGCAGCAAAGAAGACACUUCUCUCCAGGAAAAACAUCAGGGACAUACUGAUAAGCUGCAAAAGGUACAGGGAUUGGACUGCUGAGGACUGGGGUAAAGUAAUUUUCCGAUUGUUUGGGGUAUCCGGAAAACACCUUGUCCGGAGAAGACAAGGUGAGCGCUACCAUCAGUCCUGUGUCAUGCCAACAGUAAAGCAUCCUGAGACCAUUCAUGUGUGGGGUUGCUUCUCAGCCGAGGGAGUGGGCUCACUCACAAUUUUGCCUAAGAACACAGUCAUGAAUAAAGAAUGGUACCAACACAUCCUCCGAAAGCAACUUCUCCCAACCAUCCAAGAACAGUUUGGUGACGACAAAUGCCUUUUCCAGCAUGAUGGAGCACCUUGCCAUAAGGUAAAAGUGAUAACUAAGUGGCUCGGGGAACAAAACAUCGACAUUUUGGGUCCAUGGCCAGGAAACUCCCCAGACCUUAAUCCCAUUGAGAACUUGUGGUUGAUCCUCAAGAGGCGGGUGGACAACCAAAACCCCACAAAUUCUGACAAACUCCAAGCAUUGAUUAUGCAAGAAUGGGCUGCCAUCAGUCAGGAUGUGGCCCAGAAGUUAAUUGAUAGCAUGCCAGGGCGGAUUGCAGAGGUCUUGAAAAAGAAGAGUCAACACUGCAAAUAUUGACUCUUUGCAUAAACUUAAUGUAAUUGUCAAUAAAAGCUUUUGACACUUAUGGAAUGCUUGUAAUUAUACUUCAGUAUACCAUAGUAACAUCUGACAAAAAUAUCUCAUAACACUGAAGCAGCGAACUUUGUGAAGACCAAUACUUGUGUCAUUCUCAAAACCUUUGACCACGACUGUACACUGAGGUCUGCACUAACGGCAGUGUGUGUGUUUGUGUGUGUGUCCAUGUGUAUGACUGUGUGUGUAGACAUGCGUGUGCGUGACUGUCCGCGUAUGUUUGUGUGUACGUGCUUGUGCGUAUAUGUGUCCGUGUGUGUUUCUUUCAGAAUGACAUCUUAUCCUCUUGCAUCCAAAUGGCUUUACUCUGCCUUUUGUUCCUCCCACAAAGGCGAGAGAGGCGUGUGUGCUCAAUCAAAUUAACAAUCUCGCUCCUCUUUUUCUCCUCCUCUUUCUUGCCUUUCUUUCCCCUCACCCUCUGUUCUUUUAAACUCUCUUAUGUAGAUGUUUAUUAGUUAUGGCCUGUAAGGUGCCAGUGACUUAAUCAUCCAGCCUGUGUGACACAAUGCAUUGUGAUGGACUGUGGUCAUAAUUACAGUCCCACACACUUUCAGUUGAAAGUAGAAACAUAUUGACAUUGUCCCUUUUCAGCAGGCAUCGGUGUCCACAAUGCAUUGCUAUUAACUGUAAAGCCUUUAACCAACCUGUUUUUUUUUUUUGAGCACUCUGCCUUUAUAAGAUGCUCAUAAGCUUAAUUCAUGCUUUUUGAUAUCGCAUGAGCCAAGUACCAAUAACAAGGGCCUAGAGUUUUUCCUGGUCUGGAUAAAUGGUCAUGAAAGACUCAUGGCCCUAUCAAUAACCAAUGGUUGGGUUAUCAAGUCAGUUGAUAAUUGUAAUGAAUAAUGUUGGUUCCGCUUCAUAGUUAAAACUUUGACCAGUAAGCACAACAGCAUGACUCUUUGCUCCCCUCUUUGCCCCCCUUUUUUUGUCCACUACUCUUGCUCUCCCCCUUCCCUCCCCGUCCCUCCUUUCCCCAUUGGAGGUAGUGAAAGUGGUCGGAGUACCCCCAGUUUGUCCACCUAUUCUGACGGCAAAUCUCCCUCCUCCACCUAUGUGGCUGCUCCCAGGCAUUUCCACGUACCAGGUAGGUUUGCCACUUCGCUUUGACCUCUCACCUUUGACCCUGUGACCCUUGACCCCAUCAACACGACCACUCUCAAUUGCACCAUGCCGUCUGUCUGCUGUCUUGUCUGUCCAGGUCUGUCUAGGUAACAGAUCUAAGUAGGUGGAUGGACAUUAUACAAUAACAGUAUAUCUGAUGUCUGGGAUCAACCCUUUUCUGUUCUCCCUGUCUUCCUGUGUUAGCAUUUUAUCCAUGUCAAAGGGUUGCUUCCGGACCUAUCCUGUCCAUAGUACUUCUUUGACUCCCUCUCUCGAGAUCUAUCUGUCUCACUUUCCCUCCCUCUAUCUGUCACACUAUCCCUCUCUUUCUAAAUGUAUCUUUCUCUCUGACGCUCUCUCUUUCUCUCUCCUCUUUCUUUAUCCUGUGUUGGGAUCUGUUCUAUACAAUAUGUUGAGGUCUGUCUAAAUCUGAAUGUGUCUUCAGUUUCACAGGUAAAUCGAGAUUCGUUAGAAUCUCACCCACUGUAACACACAAAUUGUAUCGACCUUAUCAUAUCUUCUUAUAAUGCAACCACAUUAUAACUGCUGCACUCAAAGCAAUUUUUUAUGAUGUCACGAUCAAUGGCUGACAUAGAACCAGACUGCAUGGGCAGCGCCACUGAGAAAUGUCACCACUUCCUAUGGGUUCACAUACUGUAAUUCCAUCCAGGUCAUCAGAAGUGAUCAGCCAAUGAAUUACACUUGUGAGAGCCUGACCUGGGUUCAAAUACAUGUGUUUGAUUAUUUGUUAUUUAAAUAUAAUAAUGUACUUCUAUUGGAAGUAUUUUAAAUUAUUUUCAAAUAACUUCUAUAAAAUAUUUUCAAAUACUUAUUUCUAAAUACAUUCUUUAAAAUACUCCCAGGACCUGGGUUCAAAUGCAUGGGAGUAUUUAUUUGUAUUUGAAAAUACUCUGUGUAUUUAUUUGAGUAUUUUCAAAUACAUGCCAAAACUUUCCAAGUGUAUUUCCAAACACAUUCCAGUAUGUCUUUUCAAAUAAAAAAUAUCUUACUUCGAAAUGUAAGUGAAAGUAAUUGAGAUAUUUGAAAUAGUAUUUGAACUAGGGAUGGUCAUUUGAAACAAUUGUGCUAUUUGAAUAAUAUCAUAACAUUUUUGGGGGUAUCUGGAUAGUCAAAAUUCCCCCUCCCCAAAUGUAAUUGCUCUUGACUCUCGACCAAUCAGAAUGAUGCAAAUGCACAUGGCAAAGGUAAACACCAGACAGGGUGCUUUUCUCUCCACGGGGGGCCAGUAUGAAAAAAGUAAAAAAUAUAUAAUGUAUGCACUCACUAACUGUAAGUCGCUCUGGAUAAGAGCGUCUGCUAAAUUACUAAAAUUUAAAAUGUAAAUGUAAUUUCUCUGGUAAUUUGGCAGCAACAGUGAAAGAUACGUUUUUCGCAAUGAUAGAACUGAUUCUGUUAGAAAACGUUUUUCUGGUGAGUGUUUUGCAUUGAUCUGUUUCAGGUAUAGUGGAAACUCUGUUAGGUGAGCGCCUGUAAUUGCUAUUUGAAGUGGGGGGGAAAACAGCAUACUGACGUCAGGGCAACCUGAAGGCUUAAUGUGCAGCAGUAGCUCAACGCACCGUUAUAAAAAAUGUAUUAAGAAUUUCAAAUGUCAUGGUAUAUCCUUGUAGGUAAAAACUUCACAAGGAUAAUUUAAUUUAGACAAAGCUUUUUCAUUGUUAAAAUAGGCCUAUAAUCCCACUCACUCAAGUAAUCGAAUAUUAACGUCUGUUCGGAUAUUCGAUUAACCGUGCCCAUCCCUAAUUUGAACCCAGGUCUGGUGAGCAAACAUUCCAUAGCUGCAGGUGGCAGUAAACCACCAACCUUGGCUCUAUACCUGUGCAAACAACUCACUCAAGGUGGCAGUUUGCACCCUUACAGUUUGUUUACCAACUCAUAGAACUAGUAGAAGAAGAUAUUGACUACUUUAAAAUGGAGCGUCUGCUGUCACAGACGCCAAAAUGGGACAGAUACAAAGAUGAGAAGUCUAACUAAGUCUAUGACCCUGUAUCAUACUCUGUCAACCAUCCUUUGAUAAGUGUUAACAGUUUACAGUAUAUAGUAUUGGACAUAACUUUGACUUUUCUAGUGAAAAGCCCCUUUUGAUCCAUCGUCAUUAUUUCCAUUCACUAUUACAGUGUCAAUCACCCACAUGGAAAAGUCCCCAUACUUGGAUGGAGUUGACAUAAAUAAACGAACAAAGCAAAGUUAAUGUGUUUUGUAACCAUUGUAUUGAUGGCUUUUAUAUGUGUAUAAUUCCCUGUUGCUGGCAGUGACUGAAACAGGGCAUAAAAUGACCCACAUGUGUUGUAUUUCAUGAGUCAUUUAUCCUAAAAAGAGCUGAGUGUAGUUAAUGUAUUGUUGCUAUCUAACACAAUUGUGUUUGGGUCCAGUGAAAGUUAAAUGGAUUGGAUCAGCUUAGGACAGACAUAAUGUGUCAAUUAUGUAUAAAAAGAGUCACUAGCACAAUUAUUUAAUUUAAUCAUUUGCCCUUUAAUUUAUUAUUUCAUACAGUUGAAAUCAGAAGUUUACAUACACUUGGAGUCAUUAAAACUCGUUUUUCAACCACUCCACACAUUUCUGUCGGUUAGUACUUCUACUUUGUGCAUGACACAAGUAAUUUUUCCAUCAAUUGUUUACAGACAGAUUAUUUCACUUAUAAUUCACCGUAUCACAAUUCCAGUGUGUCAGAAGUUUACAUGCACUAACUUGACUGUGCCUUUAAACAGCUUGGAAAAUUCCAGACAAUGAUGUCAUGGCUUUAGAAGCUUCUGAUAGGCUAAUUGACAUCAUUUGAGUCAAUUGGAGGUGUACCUGUGGAUGUAUUUCAAGGCCUACCUUCAAACUCAGUGCCUCUUUGCUUGACAUCAUGGGAGUCUGGUUCAUCCUUGGGAGCAAUUUCCAAACGCCUGAAGGUACCACGUUCAUCUGUACAAACAAUAGUACGCAAGUAUAAAUACCAUGGGACCACGUAGCCGUCAUACCGCUCAGGAAGGAGACGCGUUCUGUCUCCUAGAGAUGAAUGUACUUUGAUGCGAAAAGUGCAAAUCAAUCCCAGAACAACAGCAAAGGACCUUGUGAAGAUGCUGGAGGAAACAGGUACAAAAGUAUCUAUAUCCACAGUAAAACAAGUCCUAUAUCGACAUAACCUGAAAGGCGGCUCAGCAAGGAAGAAGUCACUGCUCCAAAACCGCCAUAGAAAAGCCAGACUACGGUUUGCAACUGCACAUGGGGACAAAGAUCGUACUUUUUGGUGAAAUGUCCUCUGGUCUGAUGAAACAAAAAUAGAACUGUUUGGCCAUAAUGACCAUCGUUAUGUUUGGAGGAAAAAGGGGAUUGCUUGCAAGCCGAAGAACACCAUCCCAACCGUGAAGCACGGGGGUGGCAGCAUCAUGCUGUGCGGGUGAUUUGCUGCAGGAGGCUGGUGCACUUCACAAAAUAGAUGGCAUCAUGAGAAAGGAAAAUUAUGUGGAUAUAUUGAGGCAACAUCUCAAGACAUCAGUCAGGAAGUUAAAGCUUGGUCACAAAUGGGUCUUCCAAAUGGACAAAAAAGCUUGGUCGCAAAUGGGUCUUCCAAAUGGACAAUGACCCCAAGCAUACUUCCAAAGUUGUGGCAAAAUGGCUUAAGGACAACAAAGUCAAGGUAUUGGAGUGGCCAUCACAAAGCCCUGACCUCAAUCCUAUAGAAAAUGUGUGGGCAGAACUGAAAAAGCGUGUGCGAGCAAGGAGGCCUACAAACCUGACUCAGUUACACCAGCUCUGUCAGGACGAAUGGGCCAAAAUUCACCCAACUUAUUGUGGGAAGCUUGUGGAAGGCUAUCCGAAACAUUUGACCCAAGUUAAACAAUUUAAAGGCAAUGCUACCAAAUACUAAUUGAGUGUAUGUAAACUUCUGACCCACUGGGAAUGUGAUGAAAGAAAUAAAAGCUUAAAUAAAUCAUUGUCUCCACUAUUAUUCUGACAUUUCACAUUCUUAAAAUAAAGUGGUGAUCCUAACUGACCUAAGACAGGGAAUUUUUACUAGGAUUAAAUGUCAGGAAUUGUGAAAAACUGAGUUUAAAUGUAUUUGGCUAAGGUGUAUGUAAACUUCCGACUUCAACUGUAUGCUUAUUUGUGUUUUUGCUCUAAAUGCAAUAAUUAAUGAUGUGUUGUAAUAAAAGGGAAAUAUAUGAAGAUUUCUAUUAUUUAUGACUCUUGGAAAACUUGAGUAAAUGUAUCGUUGGAUACAACAUCAACAAUUAUCGUUGUUCUGGGGAUGUCCAACUGGGUGUCUGCUUCACAUUACCAUAGGACUGGAUCAAGAUGACAUGUUUUCCUGUGUGUUGCAUGAAUAAUGACAACAAGUGAUGAUUUUUUGGAGAUAAUACCCUGUCUUGCCAGUUAUAAUACAAAUAUAUUAUGUCUUGCAUUGGAUCAAACAUAAAGUAUGCUGCCCCUCUCCUUCUGCUGCUUCUCAGACUAUUCCAUCUCUCAAUAACUGCUAACUCAUGCGCUCUCUCUCUCUCUCUCUCUCUCUCUCUCUCUGUCUCUCUCUCUCUGUCUCUCUCUCUCUCUCUCUCUCUCUCUCUGUCUCUCUCUCCUCUCUCUCUCUGUCUCUCUCUCUCUCUUCUCUCUGUCUCUCUCUCUCUCUGUCUCUCUCUCUCUCUGUGUCUCUCUCUCUGUCUCUCUCUCUCUGUCUCUCUCUCUCUGUCUCUCUCUCUCUCUCUCUCUCUCUCUCUCUCUCUCUCUCUCUCUCUCUCUCUCUCUCUCUCUCUCUCUGUCUCUCUCUCUCUAUCUUUCUCUCAUCCUGGGCUUCUUUCAUUUCUCUUUCUGCCUCUCCUCCUCUCAUCUUCAGAGACUAAGGUCAAGAUAGAUAAUAUCUAUAGAAAACCCCCUAUCUACAAGCAGCAUGGUACAGUCAUCUCUUCUCCUUUACUUCCUGGUUUAAUUUCCUGGUCUGGUCUCUGCACGAUGUGUCGCAUGUCGCCUGUCCCAAACGCUCCGGGUAGAAGUUGCCCGUAGGCACAGAUAUAGGAUCAGCUUUCCUAUCCACGAUCUUAACUCUAACCAUUAGGCGGGAAAGCAUCAAACUGACCUAAGAUCAGUGUCUAUAGGGCAACUUCCUCCUACUCAUGUCCUCUUCCUAGGCCCAAUGUUUUCAAGUGACUGACCGAUCUCCAGUCUUUUUAUAUUGGAAAGGCGUCAGCAACUCAGGCAACAGAGUACUACGGAGUCCACAUUUACCUUUGAGUGCCUUGUUACUGCAACUAUAGUGGGUGGAGAUUUUACAAUUAAACUGGUCUUAUCUCAGAUGUGUCACCCAGGCAUCUGAAAUAGUGACUUUCCACACUCAAGAGGUUAUGAACCUUUUUGUUCCCAAUGUCCUUUGUAGCCACAUACACCGCAACCUUAUGUACUCUAGCAUUCUUUUGUGAAGAAUGUGUUCGUACUGUACACUGCAAUUCAUUGUUGCCUGAGUCAAAAGCCUGACAUGGAAAACACAAGUGGCCAUAUUACGCUUUAUAUUUAUCACACCUGUUAGUUUCUGCUCAUCCCUCCAUGCCUGUCCAUACUCAUCUCAGUAGCUCAUUGGUUCUAGUAGUAGAUGUGACCUGAUCAUGUUGUUGUGUGUCCAUUGUGAUUGGUCGAGGACAUGAAUCACUUGGUGUUGUGGUGCUGAUGGUGUCUUGGUCACUUUUUGUUCCACUUAACCCUUUGUGUCUUUGUCACGUUUAUGUUUCGUGUUUAGAUGUUUUUUUUAUAUGCGUGUGAGUGUAUUUCAAAUAGAUGACCAAAAUCCCUUUGAAUAAAUUAAUGCAUGUGCUGUAUAAUCUCUUAUCUUCUGUGUCACACGAUGGACCAUUAUAGGCCUAUACGAUCUACAAUACAUAUGAAAUAUGACAACUUAAUCAUAACAUAUUUCUCACAAUUUAUAAGUCUUCAGUUUAGAUAGAAUAUAUACAAACAGACAUGCGCUUAUGAUCAAUAGAAUGGAUUUGCGUGUGACGUUUGUCUGCACCAAAAAAUACACUAUUUCCCUAACACUAACAGCAUACUAUAUACCAAUAGUUGAAUACAUACUAUACACUGUGAUAGUUAAUUAUACAACAGUACUGUGACUAGGGUUGUUGCUGUUGACUGUGUCACUGUUGUUUUAAAGCAGUAAGUGUUGCAUGGCCCAUUUGGAGAUCCUCGACAGGCUGUCUCAUGAUGAUGAUGUCACAGUGUCUAGUUGAUUUAUUAUAGGAUGCAGUCUGUGUAGCAUACUGGACUGUAGCUGGUAAACGGAUGUAGAUGGUGUGAUACAGUAACUGUGAUGUGACGUGUUCUGCAUUAGUAACAUCAGGAGUAUGGUUUGUUACAUACUGUAUGACUGUUUUACAGCCUCUAGAACGUCCUGGCAAGAAGGAGACGACGUCAAGGUGAGGUGUCUGUGUGUCUGUCUGUCUGUCUGUCUGUCUGUCUGUCUGUAUAUCCAUCCCCUUGCCCACACACCUACACGUCAAUCCAUCAUUGGAUAUCCUGCAAUAAUUGACUGUUGAGACUGUUCUUUAAAAAAAAAAAACAUGGUUAUUCACUACAAAGCUGUCUAUCUCUCUGUGUAGACGAGGACCAGUUGGAUGAUCUUGAAGAGUGAGAUAGAUGGCCAGCCCCUCCCAGAGGACCUGCUGGACCCCAGGAAGUCCACCUGCAGCCUGCCCACUGACGCCUCUCUGCCCAGUGAGUAGCCAAUCAGUGGUCAACCCUUACUUGACUGGCAUGGCCUCCACCAAUGAGUAGCCAACCACUGUUCAAUGCUGACUUGACUGACAUCAGGUUGAAAAAGUAGCCAAAGAGUCUUUAUGAUGACUUAGAUAUUGUUUCGUUCCUUCCAGACUUCCCCUACAGUAAGUCUGCUUCCCUGCCAGGAUAUGGAAGAAACGGCAUAUACAAGGUGAGUUCUCACACACGCACACCAUAAUGAACAGAGGCUGCAAUGAGAAAGUGCCAGAGACUAUACAGAAUCAUCCAGUUACAACCUCUUACUUGGUUGUGUAGUAUGUUCUACAAAGGCGCACGUAGUCCAUUUUCCUGUACUACUGAAAAUACUGUAGCACGUGUGACACUGGUUCAACAGGUUCACAUCUGACUGCCAUUGGCUCAUUUAGCAUCUCGAGGGCCAUCAUCACAACAAGUCAUGUACACUGUCUCUCUCUCCCUCAGAGAAAGGCAUCCUAACACACACACAAACACACACACUUGCACCAGGUGGCCUCACAUAUGGACCCCAAUGACACAAUGCGAUUCUCCAAUUAAACUAAGCUCCAACAAGAGGGUGGAGGGGAUGUCGUUUUGGCCUCUCUGAUUCUGGAGGAGACAAGGGGUGGAGAGGGGGGAGCCCUUGGCAGGGGGACAGUCAGUUAUAUCCUGGGCAGGCGUUUGAUUCUGACUUGGCCGUCUUACAGAAAGCUCAGAGCUCCGUGAGGUACUGGAAAACUCGCUCGUAAAUGGAAAUGAGGUGUGUCUACCACCAUACCAACGGGCUUAGCCAAGCGUGCUAAAGAUUAGAGCUCCAUUAAAGAGAGAUCAGUGAUUGGUCUGUAGGCCUCUCAGCUCGCCGCUCAUUAAACAAGGUGCCGCGCUGAUUGCUGUGUGGAGGAGGUGCCAGCUGGGUGUAGUGAUUGAUUUAACCACCAGGUGGUAGUGUUUAGUAAAUGUUCAUCGCCUUUUCUGUCACCGAGCGGUGGGAGUGAGUUAUGGCCGAGGGACAGUGAAGUUCAUGUCAAAAAGAGGCUAUAUUCUGCUGCGUUUCAAUAGUUGAACUGGUUUCCUCUCCUCGUGUCCUUGUGUCCUCUCCUCCCUCACCGAUCUAGCUGCCUUAUGAUAGGCGAAAGCAAUAGAUGUAAACCUAUCCAGUCUUUUGAGGUAUCAACUGUACUCAAGGGAAGGAGACAAGGAAAGGAAGCCGUUUCAGUGUAUUGACACACAGCCCUUGACUUAUCAAGACAGGAAGGUUGGGUGUUUUUCUCACUUCUACAGAGUUCUUUUGGACUGGGAAAUCAUGUUUUACAGCUUUCCUAUCAGAUUCCAUGUAGGCCUAUCACUCGUUAACACUCCCUCCACAGACACUGGACUGUAGCAGAAAAAGUGUAUUUACAUUUUACAUAUUUAGCAGAUGCUCUUAUCCAGAGCGACUUACAGUUAGUGAGUGCAUACAUUUUCAUACUGGCCCACCGUGGGAAACGAACCCACAACCCUGGCGUUGCAAGCGCCAUGCUCUACCAACUGAGCUACACGGGACUAUUUAGUCUAACCUUAAUGAUGUGUUAUUGCUGCUUAUAUUUGUUUGUUGUUGGAUGGUGGUCGGCUAGACAAGAGGGGUGAAACAGCUGAAAGGCUGAGUUUAGGGUGAAAUGUGGACCCUAUCAGACCCCAGUAGCAUACUACACUGAAGACAUUCAUUCUGCAACCUGAUUGGCUGUUACAGUGCCUGUGGCAGCUGAGACAGAGAGACAAUGUAUGGCUAUGGAGAGAGGUUGCAUUUAUUUGCCGCGCUGAGAAUGGAGCAGUUGUUAUUCUGAAGGUCUCCGUUUUCUUCUCUAUCGCUCUCUCUCUCGUUCUGUCUCUCGCUCCCACACUGAGAAAUCCUUCACAUGUUUAAACCCCAGAAAUCCAGUUACAAUGAGACUGAGGCCUGAACCAAACCAGAAGGAAUGCACUCAGCUACAGUAGCUAACCCAGUACCCGCUCAACUCCCUCAAUACAUUGUAGCCUUUCUCAAACAAGGUUAGACUCUACAGUCAGAUUGCAGUUGUGAGAGUGUGGGAGUAACCUCUCUUGGAUUGGAGCUACCUU